AUGUAUGGCAAAUGCGGCAGCCCAAAUGAUGCCAAGCGAGUGUUUGACAUCAUCGACGCCAAGAACGUUUUCUCGUGGGCAGUUAUGAUGACUGCAUAUACCCAAAACGGGUAUCCGCAAGAUGCUAAGCUUAUCUUUCAUGAGAUGCCCGAUCGUGAUACUGUUGCAUGGAAUACAAUGCUUGGAGCGUACGCACAGCAUGGCAAUGUAGACGAGGCAAAGAUUCUUUUUGAUUCGAUUCCAAAUCCCAACUUUGUGUCGUGGACAACAAUGCUUACAGCAUAUGCCCAAAGCGGGUAUAUGUGUAGCGCGAAGCAUAUGUUUGAUUCUAUGUCACCUCGAAAUGCAAUUGCAUGGACAUCAAUGCUUGCUGGAUAUGCAAGACUCGGAGGUAUCUUAACCUCUCGAGGAUUCUUUCGAAAGAUGCCCCAGCAUGACAUUAUAUCAGCUACUGCAAUGAUUUCGGCAUUUGCCGCGAGGGGCAAUGCAAGAGAAGCGUGUGCCUUGUUCAAGAAUAUGCCGGAGAGGAACGUCUUCUCAUGGACGGCAUUGCUCCAGGGAUAUGCCGAGAAUCGUCUUCUAGACAAGGCAAAGAGCUACUUUGACAAGAUGCCAGCAUGGAAUCUUGUGUCGUGGACUGUGCUCGUCGUUUCAUAUGCUCAAUGCGAGCGGCUUGAGAUUGCACAAGACUUGUUUGUUGAGAUGCCCGAGCGGAGCAUAGUGACUUGGAAUGCCUUGUUGGCAGCGAUUGGGCAUGCCAAGUCUUUGGAGGAGGCGAAGCUUUUCCUUGUCACUAUGCCCGCAUGGAACUGA